AUGCCGGUGAGGUGUGUAACGAAAAUAGCUUCAGCUCAUGGAUUAUCUCGUAAAGAAAUGUUAGAUGAAUUAUUAUUUAUGAUUCUGUCUGGCUUUGAAACUGCAGCAACUUUCUUAUCGUGGUUCACAUAUCUAAUGAGUAAACAUCCUGAAGUUCAAAAAAAAAUAAAACAAGAAUUAAAACAACAUGGGAUCUCACAAGAUACAAUGUUAACUCCUGAUAUGCUCGAUCAACUCGUCUAUGUCGAUUGUGUUAUAAAAGAAGUAUUUCGUUUUUCACCAAAUGUGAACGCUACCUUACGCACAUUAGUCGCAGAUGACUACCUCGGUAAAGGGGAUAAAAUCUACCAUUUACAUCGAGGUGAAGUAGUUUUGAUAUCAUUUUAUAAUUUACACUUUGACAGACGCUACUGGAUCAUUGAUCCAGAGCGGUUUUAUCCUGAUCGAUUCCUAAGUGAAGAUAAAAAUCAUCAUCCUUAUGCAUUAAUUCCAUUUGGUGGAGGACACCGCGCUUGUAUAGGUCAGGAUUUGGCCAAAUUAGAGCUCAAAAUAAUUAUAACACGAUUAAUGCAGUUUAUCACAUUCGAAGAUGGUGGAGAAGAUAUAAACAGUGGUGGACAUAAGCAAGGAUUAACUGUAACACCAAAAAACCUGGCUGUUUAUGUUCAAUUUGAUUCAUAA